UCCAAACGAGAGUUUCUUCGGUUAAAAGCGGAUGGAGUUGAAUUAAUUGAUUUUCCAGACCAGUCACCACCAGAGACAGAGAGGGUUUAAGCCUUGAAGAGGCUUCAAUUUUGCCUAAGGCUAUCUUUCUUCGAUUGGAUUCUGCUCCAUUACUAAGGCUUCUUUUGUAUUUAGAGAUGGCAAGUGGAUUUGGGGAAUCAGCAAGCAGGCCGCCCCAAAGCCCUUCUUGUUCAGGCAGUGGUAGUAACGAUGCUGGUCACUUUGAGUGCAAUAUCUGCUUCGAAUUGGCGCAGGAUCCAAUUGUGACUUUGUGCGGUCACCUUUUCUGUUGGCCUUGCCUUUACAAGUGGCUCCACAUUCACUCGCAUUCUCAGGAGUGCCCAGUUUGUAAGGCUCUUGUACAGGAGGAGAAAUUGGUUCCUCUUUAUGGCAGGGGAAAGACACCCAGUGAUCCAAGAUCUAAAUCAAUUCCUGGAGUUAAUAUUCCCAAUCGUCCAGCUGGGCAGAGGCCGGAAACUGCUCCACCACCAGACACUAACCAUUUCCCACAGCAUGGGCUUGGCUUCAUGGGGUUCCCUCCAAUGGCAACUGCGAGGUUUGGGAACUUCACACUCUCUGCAGCAUUUGGUGGUCUGAUUCCAUCCCUGUUUAAUCUUCAGGUGCAUGGGAUCCCUGAUGCAACCGUUUAUGGAGCUGCUGCGGGUUUUCCCUAUGGAUUUGCUAAUUCAUUCCAUGGGGCUCAUCCCCAUGGGUUCACUCAACCCACAACUCAAGGACAACAGGCUGAUUCCUAUUUGAAGGCGCUGCUUUCUCUGGUUGGUUUCUUGGUGAUCCUUGCUCUAAUUUGGUCGUAGAUGAAUGUGUCUACCACCAUUUGGAUUUCUGAUGGAUAUCCAUGAUUAUUAUAAUCACAUGUUUGUAAAUUCAUGAGUUUAAUUGAGGUUUAUGGUCGAGGAAAUUGUUGGUAUGAUACUUUUCUGCUGCUCUUGUAGCUUGUGUUAUUUCAGCCAUUAGCAUCUGUAGUGUGACUUAAAAUGUCUCUUAACUGGAUUGAAGACCUCUAUUUAACAUAAAAGAGAGAGAAAAAAAAGAAGAAGAAGAAGAAAAGUAUUGCGCACCUCUUUCUUUCUCUUUCUCUCAUUUAAAAGCUUCAUGUCAAAGAAUGAUGCAUCAGCUAAGUGCAGAUUAAUGUGUUGUUACAA